AUGAGUGAUAGCAGUGAAUCUGUAACAGAUGUUGGUUCGCGUAAGGACGACAACGUGACAACGCGACGAACUCGACGAGUGCGCGUUUCCACUGAGCGUGAAAAUAAAGGAAUGCAGAUUAUAAAAAUUAAAGUUCCCCCGUUCUCACCCGAGGAUCCGGAAUUAUGGUUUGCACUUCUAGAAGGUCAGUUUCUAAGCCACUUUAUUACUGAUGACGUCACAAAAUUUUAUAAUGUGACAAAUAAUUUAGACGUUCAGUUUGCAAAACAUGUGAAGGAUGUAAUUAUUAACCCUCCACCUAACAAUAAGUACGACAAGAUUAAGACAGAGCUUAUUAAGCGCUUAUCCGCUUCGCACGAGAAAAAGGUUAAGCAAUUGUUGACGCACGAGGAGCUCGGUGAUAGAAAACCUUCACAAUUUCUGCGACAUUUGCAAGACUUGGCUGGCCCUUCUGUACCUGAUGACUUUCUCAAAUCCAUGUGGUCCAACCGACUCCCGCACAAUAUCCAAACAGUACUGGCGUCACAACAAACCCAAUCUCUGGAGCAGCUGGCAGACCUGGCAGACCGUAUCCAUGAGCUCACGUCACCAUGUAAGGUCGCCGCUGCUUCCUCAACCAGGGCAUAUACAUCGAACCAGUCAGAUGAGAUUGCGGAGUUAAAGAAGAUGGUUCAGCACCUGACUCUUAAGCUGGAAGAGCACACUAAGAUUUCUUGCUAUUCUAUGGACCGCUCGAGACCACGUGACCGUCGCCGCUCAUCAUCGCGACACCGGAACCGGUCAGAAUCCAGUUAUCGCAAGUUCCCUGUAUGCUGGUACCAUAGCAAGUUCGGAGCACAGGCGCAUAAGUGCCUGAAACCAUGCGACUACAACAAGGCGGGAAACGCCGCUGGCAGUCGGUAG